CAGUCUACCCACCUUCUUCACUUCAUACUCGAUAUGGUGCAGUCGCUACCUCUGCACACGAAUCUGUUCAAGCAGAUCUUUGCAAACACUAAUCCGAAAGGAAAAGGAAAAGGCAAGCAGAAGGUUACCACAGACAAUACCUUUAUAGAUGUCACUUCGGAAUUCAACUGGGAAGCUUCUGUUCGCGAUCUUCGUUCGUUCAUUGAAUCUCAUACGGCCCAAGUUGAAAACUCAAAGGACGAUUCCAUAGCCACCUUUGUCGAUAACCAAAAUAUCGACUUUCACCUUCCAUCCCGGCCUAUUUUGAUUGAAGAACAAGAAUUAGAUUCACUAGUUGGGGAAAUAGAACAAUCGACUGAGGAAAUUGUACAGGAAACAACGCCAGAAGUUAAUGCCUAUGAUCGAGAUUGGCUGCUACAUCGUUGUAGUGAAUACAUUCGAAGAAGCGGCUCGACAGCUUUUACAGAUACAGCAUUAUGCACAGAUCUGUUCACUAUUCUAAGGUCCAAAGAAAAUGGGGAUAAAAUUCAAGAUACAUUGAUAGAUCUGCUCGGCUAUGAAAGCUUGGACUUCGUUUCUGAGCUUUUAUUAAACCGGGAUACCAUUGUUCAAAACAUCAUGUCCCAGACGGAGCAUGUAAAUAGCCACCUUACAAGCAAUGUACCACAGGAAGUGCGACGAACGGCACCAGGUACUGGAGUUACAGUACAAUCGGCAAGCGAGAUUCAGGAGAUGAAGCGUCUCCGAAAAGAACAGAAAAAAGCCAUCCGAAACCAGAAAGGCGAUAGAGAUGAAAAUGAAGUGUCUGCCGAUAUUUUGGGAUUCGAGACAGAGAAUUGGAAAGCAGCUCGAGAAGAAGCUCUUUCAAAUGCAUCGCAAAGACCUUUAUUCUCUUCCCCAUACAAGAUCGCAGAGCAAACAGUAUACCCUCAUGUGUAUCAGUCUGCAAAAAGUGGAAACACACUGUCUGCAUUCGGAACACGAUACGCUCUUCCAGCGGGCACAGUGAGAGAUGAAUAUAAAGAUUAUGAAGAGAUUACCAUCCCAGUUUCCAAGCAAGCACCAAUUCGAUUGGGUGAAAAGCGUAUCCGUAUCAGUGAAAUGGAUCCACUUUGUAGUGGUGCAUUUAAAGCAUAUGAAACGCUAAAUCGAAUUCAAUCUAUCGUAUAUCCUAUUGCGUACGGAACAAAUGAAAACAUGUUGGUGUGCGCUCCUACUGGUGCGGGUAAAACCGACGUAGCUAUGUUGACUGUCCUGAGAUGUAUCUCACAAUAUUGUGACCCAUCACCUGCUUCUGUGAUGGGUGUCCCCGACAUUCACUUCCAGAUUGCAAAAUCGGAUUUUAAGAUUGUCUAUGUUGCUCCUAUGAAAGCGCUUGCUGCUGAAAUCGUGGAAAAGAUGGGAAAGAGACUCAAAUUUUUGGGAGUCAGCGUGCGUGAAUUUACUGGCGAUAUGCAGCUUACAAAGGCUGAGAUUUCAAGCACCCAGUUCAUUGUUACCACUCCAGAAAAGUGGGAUGUCGUUACAAGAAAAGGAACCGGUGAUACAGAACUAGCACAGAAAGUUAAAUUGUUGAUCAUUGAUGAAGUUCAUUUACUGCACGAAGAUCGUGGUGCGGUCAUCGAAAGCAUUAUCGCCAGAACCCUUCGACAAGUCGAAUCCACUCAGUCACUUAUUCGUAUUGUAGGAUUGUCAGCCACACUUCCCAACUACUUGGAUGUGGCAGCGUUCUUAAGAGUCAAUCCGUAUCAGGGCUUGUUCUUCUUCGACAGUGGCUUCAGACCUGUACCUCUAGAACAGCACAUGAUUGGUAUCAAAGGAAAAGCGAAUUCCUUACCUUCGAACGAACGUAUGAACCGUGUAUGUUUCGACAAGGUAUCUGAAAUGGUUCAAGACGGACAUCAAGUUAUGGUGUUUGUUCAUGCACGUAAGGAGACUGUGAAAACGGCACAAAUGCUGAAAGAAGAAGUCUUGAACGAAGGAAUAGCAUCCGUAUUUGAUGCCACUCAAACUGAAAAGUAUGAAACAUAUCGAAAGGCAGUUUCUCGAUCCAAAAAUAAGGAACUUCGCGAGAUGUUUCCUUAUGGUUUCGGCAUGCAUCACGCUGGCAUGCUUCGUAGCGACCGAACAUUGACCGAACAAAUGUUUGCUGACGGUGUUAUCAAAGUCUUAUGCUGUACGGCAACUCUUGCUUGGGGUGUCAAUCUUCCCGCUUACGCUGUAGUUAUCAAAGGAACACAAGUGUACGAUGCUCAGAAGGGUAGUUUUGUUGAUCUAUCCAUUUUGGAUGUUCUUCAAAUUUUCGGUCGUGCCGGUCGUCCACAGUACGAAGAUCAAGGUGUUGGUUUCAUUCUUACUCCACACGAAAAACUCGGUCAUUACGUUUCUGCCCUGACUCAGCAACAUCCCAUUGAAUCCAAAUUCAUUGAAAACAUGGUUGACAAUUUGAAUGCGGAGAUUUCGCUCGGUACGGUCACCAAUGUUGACGAAGCUGUUACAUGGCUUUCAUAUACCUAUUUGUACGUUCGUAUGAAGAAGAACCCGCUUGUGUAUGGCAUGGACCAUACUGUGCCUGCUGAAGAUCCGUUACUUGGAGCCAAACGACGAGAGCUCAUCAUACUGGCAGCAAGAAAAUUGGCGAAAAAUCAAAUGAUUAUUUUUGAUGAAGCAACCGGCUAUCUCACCGCUAAAGAUCUCGGUAGAAUUUCUUCCAACUUCUAUAUCAGACAUACCAGUGUCGAAAUUUUCAACACCAUUAUGAAACCUCGAAUGACGGAAGCCGAUGUGUUGUCCAUGAUCAGUUUAAGUACGGAGUUCGAUAACAUCAAGGCUCGCGAGACUGAAGGCAAAGAGCUAUCGCACCUGAUCGAGCAAGCGUGUGCAUGUGAUAUCAAGGGUGGCACGGAUAGCACACAUGGCAAAGUCAACAUUUUACUGCAAUCUUACAUAUCAAAUGCCUAUGUUGAGGAUUUCGCAUUAGUCUCAGACUGCGCCUAUGUGGCACAGAAUGCUGGGCGAAUUGUGCGUGCGCUAUUUGAGAUAGCACUCAACAGAAACUGGGGUCCAACUGCCUCAGUGCUUCUUUCCAUUAAUAAGGCCAUCGAGAAGAGAAUGUGGACUUUUGAGCAUCCGCUUGCGCAGAUGGGUCUACCAAACGAUAUCGUACAAAAAUUGCAGAACCGUAGCCACGUCCCAAGUAUCGAGGAAAUGAGGGACAUGGAACCGGCUGAACUUGGCGAGCUUGUGCACCACAAACGAAUGGGAAUGACCAUCGCAAAAUGUGUAGACCAGUUUCCAAUGUUGAUUUUGGAUGCCCAUAUCGCUCCAAUCACCAGAAAUGUUCUCAGCAUUGAGCUCAAUAUUAUUCCUGACUUUGUCUGGAAUGAACGAGUUCAUAACAACUCACAAGCCUGGUGGAUUUGGGCGGAAGACUCGGAAAAUACAGAGAUAUACUAUUCGGAAUACUUUGUUCUUACUAAGAAGCAACUUGGAGAAACCAUCUCUAUCGGUUUUACCAUCCCACUUGUCGAGCCUCUCCCAUCUCAAAUUUACAUUCGAGCCGUGUCGGAUCGCUGGCUUGGAUCAGAAACUGUUCUACCAGUCUCCUUCCAACAUUUGAUUCUCCCUGAACUGUAUCCACCACACACUGAUCUGUUAGACCUUCAACCUUUGCCUGUAUCGGCUCUGAAGAAUGACGUUUUGGAAGCUAUUUGUGCCAAACGAUUCACACACUUCAACCCGGUUCAGACACAGAUCUUCCACACCCUAUAUCAUACUGACCAUAACGCACUAGUUGGUGCGCCUACUGGUUCUGGUAAAACUAUCGCCGCUGAGCUAUCCAUGUGGGCUGCAUUCCGUGACCACCCUGGCAGCAAAGUGGUUUACAUUGCGCCAAUGAAGGCUCUGGUCCGAGAACGUGUAGCGGACUGGAAUAAGCGUGUUACUCGUCAAACGAACAAGAAGCUAGUGGAGUUGACAGGUGAUGUCACGCCUGAUAUGAAAACCAUUGAAGAGGCCGAUAUCAUCAUCACCACACCUGAAAAAUGGGACGGUAUCAGUCGAAGUUGGCAAACUAGAGGCUAUGUACAAAAAGUAUCUUGUGUCAUCAUUGACGAAAUUCAUUUACUUGGUGGUGACCGUGGUCCCAUUCUUGAAGUCAUUGUUUCUCGCAUGAACUACAUUGGAUCACAGCUUGAUCGAAAGGUUCGAAUCAUUGGUCUUUCUACAGCCUUGGCAAAUGCAAGAGACCUUGCCGAUUGGUUGGGUAUUCAAGAAGUUGGGCUAUUCAACUUUCGCCACUCAGUGCGUCCAGUACCUCUGGAGGUAUACAUUGAUGGCUUCCCUGGCAAGAAUUACUGCCCACGCAUGGCUACUAUGAACAAACCAACGUAUGCAGCCAUCAAGACACAUUCACCAAAGCAGCCUGUAAUUGUCUUUGUUUCUUCUCGCCGGCAGACGAGGUUGACUGCACAAGAUUUAAUUGCAUACUGCGGUAUGGAAGAUAACCCAAGACAAUGGCUUGGUGUUCCAGACGACGAUAUGGAAAUCAUAUUGAACAACGUUCACGACGAAUCAUUGAAGAUGUCACUAGCCUUUGGUAUUGGUCUUCAUCACGCUGGUUUGACCGAAAAUGACCGUAAAAUUGUCGAGGAACUCUACUUGAACCUCAAGAUCCAAAUCCUGAUCGCUACCAGUACCCUUGCUUGGGGUGUCAAUUUCCCAGCGCACUUGGUCGUGGUGAAAGGAACUGAGUACUACAACUACAAAGUUGGCCGAUAUGUCGAUUAUCCCAUCACAGAUGUUCUGCAAAUGAUGGGAAGAGCUGGUCGUCCUCAGUUCGACAAUACUGGUAUCGCAAGAAUCUUUGCACAUGAUACUAAGAAGAAUUUCUUGAAAAAAUUCCUUCACGAACCGUUCCCUGUCGAAUCCAGCUUGCACAAGUUCAUGGAUGACCAUAUUGAUGCUGAGAUAGUGGCCGGUACCAUUACAUCGAAGCAAGAUGCGCUAGAUUACUUGACUUGGACUUACUUUUACAGACGUCUACAGCAGAAUCCUACCUAUUAUGGGUUAGAGGACGCUAGUCAAGAUGGUGUGAAUGCUUUCUUGUCGCAAACUAUCAAUGAUGUUGUGGGUAGACUGGAAGAAUCUGGAUGCGUUGAAGUCAUUGACGGCUUUGAGCUGGCCCCCACUACCUCAGCUCGAAUUGCGUCAUACUACUAUCUUCGACAUCAAACGCUUCGACUCUUCCGCCAAGAGAUCAAGCACGACUCCCCCUUUGAGGAUCUAUUAUCGAUUCUGUCCAACGUUCCGGAAUACAGCGAACUGCCUGUUCGAUGUAACGAAGACCUUCUCAAUCGAGAAAUCGAAAAAGAUGUUGUCUAUCCUGUACAGUCCAUGGAUUCAUACAUCAGCCCCCACGUCAAGGCAUAUGUUUUGCUUCAAGCUCAUUUCGCUCGACUACCUCUUCCCAUAUCCGACUAUAUCACCGAUCAGAUUACGGUCUUAGAUUCUGCUAUUCGUUUCUGUCAGGCUAUGAUUGAUGUUGCCGCAGACACUGGUUUGCUCACAACAAGUCUCACCGUCAUGAAUAUGCUGCAAUGCAUCAAGCAAGCUCGAUACUUGCAUGAUUCAACCCUCUUGACCUUACCUGGAAUUCAAGAAUACAUGCUGGACAAGAUAAAGCAUAAGGGACGUGUCAUUCGUAAUAUUGCUGAAUUGACGGAAUUGAGUCCUGCCGAAAUUCAAAAGAUAUUCCAGAAUCUGCAACUUAGCAAAGAUCAGAUCAGAGCGAUAUCUGUCAUGGUAUCGCGAUUGCCAGUUUUGAAUAUUCAGACCAAGGUUGAUACUCAGAAGUCGUAUCUGAUUCCGGAAGCAGAAUACAAAAUCAAAAUUGAUAUACGACGACUUCCUCGAUCAAAAGGACCCCACGACGGUCGUAUUCAUUCCCCAUUCUUCCCCAAACCCCAGUACGAAUCUUGGUGGUUAGUUCUAGGUGAUACCCAAACCGAUGAGCUCUUAGCGCUGAAGCGUAUUAGUAUGCGAAACGGACCGAAUGAGACUCUGGGUGAAAAGGCCAGCACCUCGUUGACCAUAGAUGCCCCUGCUCGACUUGGCAAACAUGAAUACACUCUUUUCGUUAUGAGUGACGGCUACCUUGGUCUCGACCAAAUUGUUACCGUUCCAUUUGAAACUAGAAUGGAUUUAGAUUCGUAGAGUGGAGUUAAAUGAAGUGGGGUGCAGCAUUACUUAGCUGUACGUGAUAAAUGUGUACUAUACUCCUGAAAUAAAAUCAGAUCUGUACUUUCUACGCAUUUGU